UGUCGUGCUGUGAUUAGCACAUCGGGCGUGCGAGGAGACCGGCUUUAUUUUUUGAUCACCGAUGAUGACCACAUGCCUCUACACAUUAUAACACCGUGGCUCAGCAACACCACGCCCACGGUCACAGAAACUACAUCUUACAUUCACUUUCAGUUCGUGUCACAGGACACAGCAGAAACGGAGGCGAGGACACCUUUCACCGACGCAAACGAGAAUGGGACAGCAAGCUGAGAAGAGCAAGCUGCAGGGUACAGACAUGGACAGGACGAGUGGAGGAGGAAGAAACAGCACUGAAUAUGAAUGCACUAAAACGAGUAAAGAGCUGCUCGAAUCAGAGGACAGCAGCACAGAGGCUGAAGAUCUCAGCAGUGAGAUCAUUGAACAGUUUAUCCAGCUGUUCAGUGAAAAGAAGCCGGAGAUUGAAAGACACCUCAAACACCUCCAUGAAAUAGCUGACGGGCUGGAUGAAGUUAACAGGAAUUCUGCCAUCGCUAAGACUACAGGGAGCUGUGUUAGUGCAGCCGGGGGGGUUAUGACCAUUGCAGGGUUCGCACUGGCUCCUUUUACAUUUGGAGCCUCCACUCUACUGGCUGGCGUUGGGCUUGGAGUUGGUCUGCUCGGAGGAGCCACCACUGUGGGCACAGAAAUAACCAAGGCUGUCAUCGAUGGAGGCGAAAACAAAAAAGUAGCAGAAAUCCUGGAAGAUGUUGAGUCUGCAAUGAGCGAGCUUGAUAAGUCAGUGGGUAAAGCCUGCCAGACAGUUUCCAAAUGGGAUGAAACUGGUUUCGAGCACAUUUUAAAAGCCACUGGUCAGCUAGGAGCUAAGGGUGCCAGUGCUGCAAGCGCACUUUCCAGAGUAGUCCGAGUGUCGCUCUCUAAAGGGGCGAGGAUAGCAGGAGGGGUCGUUGCUGGAGUAUUUGUGGCUUUGGAUGUCUACGAGAUUGCGAAAAACUCCAUUGACAUUCAUAAAGGAUGUAAGAGCGAAAGAGCGAAAGAGAUUCGCAAGCUGGUGGAAACCACAGAGGCAGAUCUAGCCGAACUGGAGGACGUCUGUUCAGAUAUGAAGAAGCUCAGUGAUCUGCGGGAAGCAGACUUGGACAGGACUGUGAGAAGGAGGAGACACAGUUCUGAAUGUGAUUUAACUGAUCUGACUGAAGAGCUGGAGGAGCCACAGGGCAGCAGUUUGACUGUGGAGCUGGACCCUGAAAAGAAGAGGACCAUGGAAAAGGAAACCAGUGAACUUCCAGCGAUUGCUGAGGCUGCUUUUCCAGUCAGGAUUACUGCUAAAGCAGGGGCUGCAUUGGGCUUGAGUGCUUUGGCAGCAUUGGCUGUACUGUCCACUGAAGACCCAAUUGCUGUAGGAGCCAUUGUGUUAAUGCUGCUUCUGCUGGUGUUGAUGCUGUGUUUGACUGUACAGCUGUCACGGCAGAUACAGUGAAUUAGCCAGUUCUGCCAGCUAAGCACAUUCCCCAGGUCACAAGUUCUCCCAAGACUCCCAUUGCAUAGCAGUUUGAUCCAUUCCUGGUUUUACUAGGAGUUUAAUAAAAGACAACUGAGCUUGUUACCUAAACACACUGUGGCUAAUCACACUCCUAAUAAAACCUGGAGUGGGUGAAACUGCUAUGCAAUAGAGUCUUAGUAUCUGUAUUAGUAUUAAUCAUAUUAUAAGUAUUGGUUUAGUAUUAAUAUUUCACCCUCUUAUUUUCUGACUUUAUGCAAUGGAAUAAAUUACAUCAUACAUUUGAUUAGUAUUUAUCUUGAACGAAGCACACAGGAGAGCACAAAGGAGAAGUUGAGAAACAGUUAUCAAGACAAGAGUCUGACCCCAGAGGAGUAGUGGAUGAAGAGUCAGCAAUAAGACUGUGGUAACUAACACAAAGUUGGCUGUUGCUGUAAAAUGAAUAUGACUAUACAAUAUGUAUGGGCACUGUUUAAGAGUGGAGCAUUAUAACCUCGAAUUCAAGUUCAUGUUGUACCCUAGCUGCAGGCUGACAUGAAAUGCGUUCUAGAUGAAAGUACAAAGCUUAGCACAAGUGUUUAACUCCAGCUGUAAUAUUUUGUAUACCUCCUGGUUUGUAAGAGAAAAAAAAAUAAUAUAUCAACUAUAAUAUAGUUUUGUAACAGAUAAACAUAUACUGUAAUAUUGGUGCUAAAAUAAUAUAGCUUUUAAUAAAACAAAACUUCAAACUCCUC